GCUAGACUCCGCGUGGAGCGGAGACUCGGGCGGAGGACUCCGAGCUCCGGGGAGGGAGAUUCGAGACGGGACGCUCCUGGAUUUUGGGAAUUCCAUGGCAGCCUGGCACCUUUGACUUCUUCACCACACACACUCACGGCCCCGCCUGUUGCCCAGGAGCUCGGGCUUCGCUGGCCGUCAUGUCGUCCCCGCUGCGCUCCGUCGACUCCCGGGAACCGGUCCAGGUCAUCUUCUGCAAUCGCACCACCCGCGUCGUCAGGCCCAUCUGGAUCAACUUUAAUGGAGAGCCGCAGCUUUACCCGGUCCUGCAGCCGGGCACGGGGCGGAGAAUGCACAGCUAUCAGGGCCACCUGUGGAUGUUCAGAGAUGAGGAGACCAAUGAUAGACUCCUGGUUAACCAGAAGGAGCUGUUUUCCCCGACUUGCAAUGAGAACGGACAGCCGACUGUGGCCAACAUCGUGAUUCCAGUGUAUACCCUGAAGGAGAGGUGCCUGCAGGUAGUCCGCGGCAUAGUCAAGCCCGAGGACUACAGGAAGCUCGACAUCGUCAGAUCACUGUAUGAUGAUCUGGAAGAUUACCCGGAUAUUAAUAAAGAUCUGCAGCGCCUGGCAUGCGAACAGAAAGAAUCGAGAGAGCAGAGUGAGCAGGAGCGUGGAGAAGAUAAUUAGUCAAGUUUCUAUUCCAGAGUUUAUGCUGUUUAGAAAAGGUGAAAAAGGCCGUGAUGUUGGGAGGGAAGGGCGCCAUAGUUUAUCGGGCAUCUUGUUUUCAGGGGGUCUUUAAUGUUCAAGAAGUUACUUGUAGCAAUUAGAAAGUUAAACAGGUCCAUGGAUAGAGUUAGUAUCAGCAAUAUUUAUAAAAUAUAUGAUGUUUGCCAAAAGUCAAUACUGGAACCCUGCAGCCCACUCCAUUCCAAGGUGCACCCCGGCUUGAGAGCCGAAUGGGACCAAGCUGACGUAUCCUGCGGUGUCUUUUGGUUCCCUCUAGUCUAUCCUGCCCCACCGGCUAGGUGAGCUCCACUGAUUCCUCUUUGGGGCUCUGGGCAAUACUACAAAAAAGGUUUUAGACUAAGGGUCCCGUUCCGGAGCAACAUUAAUCACAUUCAGGGAAUGUAAAAUAGAGAGCCGUUGGGCCCACCAAAAACUUGGAAGGGUCCUUAGCUAAAAAAUGGGCUUUCCAGUGCUGCAUUAGAAUAGUCGUUAGUCUUUUAGGUAGAUAGUUUUAAGUAAGCACUUUUAAGCCAAGUGCUGCUGCAUUAGAAUAGUCGUUAGUCUUUUAGGUAGAUAGUUUUAAGUAAGCACUUUUAAGACAAGUGCCAUUCAUUCCCUGGAAGCAGUAUUUUUUUGUGUAACCGAUACUGUUUCUCUGCCCAUCUGGGAAUGAGGACAUUGGUAGGAACGUGAGUAUCUAGAGUUUUAGGAGAGUUUUGAAAGUGCUCCAUUUCUCUACUGACUUGGAGUUACAUUCAUCGAGGAUGAGAGCCUUAAGCCUAUGCAAGGGAAAAGGCAUGCCACGUAACGGUAAACCCACGUUAACUGCCGAGAAAGCAGUGGCUUGCUUUAAUAGCUUUAGAGCAUUUUGGAGAUAGCGUUUGUCAGGAAAUGUUAUAUUUUGAUGUUCACGAAGUAUUUAGCAAAUAAGUAUUUGAAAAUAUUUUAACCCUUUUGAUAGAAUAACUUUUAUAAUUUAUCUUAACUGGUUUUUGUCUUUUAUAGCAAAAGUACUAUUGAUAUUUUUACUCUUCACCCGUUGGUGGAGCACUGUUGAAUUUCUGCUUGUAAGCUACGGAAAGCUGACUUCAGCUUUGCCGAUUAGAAUGUUUUUGUUACUUGAUAUUUGCACAUUGUAAAAGAAGUGGAGGGCAGAAGGGGGGGGGAUAGCAAUCUUCAUAUACAAUUCCAUUGUUAAGAAACUACUGUGAAGAAAGGGAGGAUUUUGACCAGUACUGUAAGUAACUGUGAUUUAAAAUGGAUAUUUUUAUGUCCUUUUUAUAUACCAGUUCUAUAAAAUACGAAUUUUCAUCUUGUGCCAAUAUUUGCAGUACCACGAUGGAGUGGUCUAUUCAUCUAGCCAGAAAUGGUUAGAUUUUUUUUUUUUUUUUAAAUCGACAUUUCAAGAACUGUACAACUGAAACACAGAGAGGAAGUCUGUAUCCAAGAGCCUCAGAAUUCCUGUAUCUGGUAGUGGUAGUAAUACGAAGUUUAAUGCUGUUAUUUACCUCUUAUAGAUACUUUACUACAAAGUCUUUCUUACUGCUUAAUAUAAGGUGUUGGCGGCCCUUGAAUAUCAAAUACACACCUUAAUUCAUCUUUAUUCCUGUUCUUAUAUUAUUAAACAUCAUUGCUGUUUCAGCA